AUGCGUUAUCCAUGCAUCGGUUUUCCAUCAUGUUUAAAAACAUUUGAAAAUGGUUAUGUUCUGCGUGGACAUCAACUUUCCUGUGAACAUGCGCAAAAAGAAAUAAAUAGUAAAAAUAUUGUCCAAGAACAUGCUCGAGAAAUUCAAUAUGAUUAUAAUAUUAAUGGAAUGAAAUGUAAUAAAACUUACCCGAAAUUCACUGGCUUGGAUGAUACACAACGAUUAAAUUUUCGUGAUCGAUUUCACUUUGGAAGCGUCAAAGCAAAACCAUAUCGACCUCUUAAUAAACCAGCUGAUUCUUCAAUAGUAACACCUCAAACAAAAUCAAUUGCGAUGGAUCUUACUGGCUAUUACACAUAG